ACAAAAUCACCUCCCUAAACAUCUCCGGCUACUUUAUCGUGAUGGACAAGAUCGAGAACCCGUCCAUCAGCGCCAGCAGCCACAACGUCACCACCGACGACAACGUCUACUUCACCAUCGACAUGACCAAAGGCUCCGAUGUCCACAUCCUCAUAGACUUCCAGGACGGCAGCAUCCCCUACAACUACUCGGCCAAGCCCCCCGGGUCCCCCUGGGCAGGGGCUAUGGUGCUCAACCGCACGUUCAUCAACGGAUGCACGUGCACCGUCACCGCAACGAUCUGGAAUGCUGCAAGUACAUUUACCGUCACCGUGGACGUGCUGGUGCUAGUGGGCUUCAGUGCCUUCAGCUGGGACCUUGACCCCUGGAACUACUACCUGUACGAGCCCCCCGCCCUGGUGGCUUUCAAGUUCACCUCCAGCAGCCCCGCCUCCCCCACAGACCCCACACUUGUCGUAGACUGGGGGGAUGGGAUCAAGCCGGUCGUGGAGAAUGCCAUUAGAGUUGGUGCCCCUGGCUAUAGUCGCGAGCUGGACGACACGUUAGACUUUGAGAUCACGGUGACCAUGUCCAACAUGAUGGGGUCAAAGGUCUACAAACACAAGGCUAUCGUGGUGGAGAAGCUGGUUGGUCCAGCCAUCACCACCCAGUACACUGACGCCCCACUCAACCAGCCGCUCAACGUCACCUUCUCGCUGUACAGGGGCGACAAUCAGGAGCUGACCAACCUGACCUGGGACUUUGGUGAUGGCAAUGGCUCUUUUACUGUUGACAGAAUGGGAUCUAAAACAAUCACCGUGAUCGCCAGAGCACCUUUAGGACAGAUGGUAUCUGCUACAAAAACUAUGGAAGUGGUGAACGCCAUAGAUCCUUCAGCCCUGGUGAUUACUGUGGCUGGUGAUGUGUCGUUUGGGAGUAAGUAA